AUGGUUAGAUUAUUUGGAUUGAGUAAAAAAUCUUCUAAGAAGAGUAGUGAUGAUUCUGGUAAUACUUCCUCAAGAUCUGAUGAAAAUCGAGUUAACGCGGAUAGUGAGUCAGAUACAACUUCUGAAAUAAGAAUAAAGCAUGGCAGUGGUAGCGGUGAUUCCAUAUAUGACGAUGAUUCUACUCAUGAAGGGCCGUCGACUAGGUCUUCAUCAGUUUUUUCGAAAGGUAGAUAUACACAUGGUUCGUCCUCUAUUAGUGCGAGGUCAAACAAUGAUGCUCAAGGUAGUAUGGAUAAUGUAGGAAAACCGUUGAGAGUCAUUGAUCACAAGAAGUUUUCCAGUUUAAAUACAGUUUCUGAAGAAGAUGCAAAUGAAUUGGAUACGGGGGUGGAAGAAGGAUCUGUACUAGCUUCUAGAGUCAGUUCUUCGAGAGUAUUACGUUUAGAACAAGUGGAGAAAGAGUUGUUGAAUUUAGAAGAGAGUCUAGUGGAGUUAAUGGACGAUAUACAUCAGAACGUCACCAAUAUGUCGAAAGCGGUUAUUGAGGCUAUUGAAUUCUUCAAGAAGUUUAUGCCUAAUUUUAGCGGCAAAUUGCCCUUUAGAAUAUCUUUUGAGAGAAAUUCCUCACUAAGGGCGAUCACAAAGAUGACUCUACAUUUUUUGGAUAAUUUAUUAGUCUCAGAAGUAUUUGGUAAUUCAAGAUCAAUUCUCAUGAGAAGGUACAUGCAAUUCCUGAAAAAGUUAAACAUCUCCAUGGAUAGAGAUCAAAAUCCUCAAACUUUGCCAUAUAUGACGAAUUUCUGCAUUGAUGCAGAUUGUAAUUUGCCAAAAAGGGAUAGUAUAGGUAAAAUCAUUGAAGAAUUUUCAACGCAAGAUUCCUCUUUGAUUGCAGAUCAGGAAGGUGCAUUCAUUGCGCCCAUUCUAAGAGGGUUAUCUCGUAGAUCUGCCAUUCUAACGGUCAUGUUUGGAGUACCUGAACCACACCAGAAACAUUAUGAGAUUAUCAACGCUCUUUAUUCUUUGUUUCCGGAUGUUCAUUUCUUCUGUGUAAAGGAUUAUAUUAAACCUUGCGCUGAUGUAGCGGACGUUCCAGCAAUGCCAAUGGAAUUUGAAUUACCAAAGACUUCCCUUGGAACUUCGUUUAUUCCACCAUACCGAUUAGCGACUAACGUCUUUGAACCGCCAAUUUCGAUGUCAUUAUCAGCAGACCAUAGUCUCAAGAGUACCGGUACUCUAGGAGGCUAUUUAUUUCCACAAAUUGAAAAAAACCACAAAUUGUCUCAAUUCGCCGGUGCUUCAUUUGCCAUUACUUGCUCACAUGUCGUACUAUCAGAGACCCAUGACUAUCCGCACGUAUCAACACCUUCUAAAGUUCUACAAACCGCCUACAGGAAUACUCUUUUGGAAGAAAAUCACAGGUACCCACAGGAAUCUCAAGAGUCUAAAGCAUUCCUGGAGGAAGUUGCUCGUGUAGAAGCUCAUAUGAAAUGGCAGGAUGAGAAUAAAUUUGGUCAAGUGGUUUGGGGGGAGAGAUCUAUUAUUAAUCAUAAACUUUCAGAUUUUGCAAUUAUUAAAGUGGAUCAGAAAUAUAAAUGCGAAAACUCUUUGGGGGCAGGCCUCACUACGGUGCCAGAUCCGACUUUAAGGUUUCGAAACAUGUAUGUCAAGGAGAAAAUUCUCAAGUGUAAACCUGGUUUACAAGUGUUCAAAAUUGGUGCUUCAACAAAUUAUACUUCGGGGCAGAUAAAUGCCGCUAAGUUAGUAUACUGGGCAGAUGGUGCCUUGCAAAGUAGCGAAUUUGUUGUCUCUUCACCAUUACCACUAUUUGCCAGUGCAGGUGAUUCAGGUUCCUGGAUCCUUACUAAACUAGAGAAUCAACCAGGUCUGGGCUGCGUUGGUAUGCUGCACUCCUAUGACGGUGAACAAAAACAGUUUGGCCUUUUCACACCGAUUGGCGACAUCUUACAGAGGCUACAUGCAGUUACAGGGGUACUAUGGGACAUUGACGUUGAAACUGAUUAA